AGAAACCUUAAUGUUACAGAGGUCGUUGUUAUUUUCUUUAGGAGGCUAUGUAAUAGUUUCUCCAACAGAAGAAAAUUUUGAUUGGACUUCGAUAGGUGCCGUAAAUGAAGUUGGAAAUCAGAAAAAUUGUGCAAGCUGUUAUGCAUUUGCAGCUUCAGAUGCAAUUGAAGCUCAAAUCUUUUUAAGAACGAAUGAACUUUUUGAACUUUCAAAUCAACAACUCGUAGACUGCUCAAAGAAUUAUGGAAAUUUUGGAUGUAAUUACGGUAAUACUGCAAAUACUUUCAAAUACAUCAUAGACAAUGGAAUAACAAUUGAAAGGAACUAUAAAUAUAAAGCAAAAGAACUUAAGUCUUGUCUGUACGAUUCAUCUACGAAAGUUGCUAAUAUUAGCGAUUAUCGUCAAGUUAGACUCCCUACUGAUGAUUUCUUAAGGGAUAUUUUAUAUUCAGUUGGCCCUUUAACUGUUGGGAUCGACUCAUCAUUGUUUUCAUUUCAACAUUACAAGUUUGGUAUCUACAAAGAUGAGAACUGCUCGGAAAAUAUUAAUCAUGCAGUUCUACUUGUUGGAUUUGGAGUAGAUGAAACACAUGGAAAGUAUUGGAUAAUUAAGAAUAGUUACGGAAAGAAUUUUGGUGAGAAAGGCUUCAUGCGCUUAACCCGAGAAAUAGAAAAUUUUUGCGGAAUUAGAAAUUAUGUAGUUUUUCCAGUCAAUGACAUUUCAAUCAAUUAUUUAAUCACCUAAAUAAAAAUAUAGAAAUUACUUUGUAUUUACAAUGUAGCAUAUUUGGAAACGUUGGAAAUUAUAAUUGUCAAUUUUGAAAUUUAUGAUGAAUCAUUUAAAGUAAAUAAAAUUUAUUUAAAGACUAAAAUACAUUACUCUAGAACUUAAAAG